ACCCGGGGAGAGAGCACCGUCAGAGUCCGGGGAUCAGAGCUCCAAACCAGGGGAGAGAGCACCGCCAGAGACCGAGGAUCAGAGCUCCAAACCCGGGGAGAGAGCACCGUCAGAGUCCGGGGAUCAGAGCACCCAGCCUGGGGAGAGAGCACCGUCAGAGACCCCCUCUGAGAGCACCCAGCCCGAGACCCCCUCUGAGAGAACCCAGCCCGGGGAGAGAGCACCGUCAGAGACCCCCUCUGAGAGCACCCAGCUUAUGGAGGUAUCAGAGUCUGGUUCUGAGAUAACCCAGCCCAUGGACAGUUUAGCAGCAGGGUCUGGUGCCCAGCUGGUGGACUUGUUGCAGAGCUGCCCAGAACAGACCCUCCUGCUGGGCUCAGAGUUCUCCGGGCUGGGUCCAGACCUGGCCAACACCACCAUCAUCUACGUGCAGGCGGACGGCAGCCUGGUGGAGGGGUCGGGUCUGACGGCUGAGGAGCAGCAGGCCCUGCUGGAGCAGCUGACCCAGCAGCAGGUGGUCCAGGUCUCUGACAGCGAGGCGGCCCAGCUACUGCAUCAGAGCCAGCUGCUCAGAACCACCACGACCCACAACACAGCUCUGGACCCCAGCCAGCUGCAGCAGGUCAUCAACCAGGUCACCAAGUCCCAGCAGCAGGUCCAGGUCCCCCAGCAGAACCUUAAGCAGGUCCAGGUCUCCCAGCAGAACCUGAAGCAGGUCCAGGUCCCCCAGCAGAACCCCCAGCAGGUCCAGGUCCCCCAGCAGAACCUGAAGCAGGUCCAGGUCUCCCAGCAGAACCUGAAGCAGGUCCAGGUCCCCCAGCAGAACCUGAAGAACGCCUCCCAGCAGCUGAAGACUGCAGCCCAGCAGGUGGCCAUGCAGACCGGAGGCUCGGUGCAGGUGAUCCAGAAGAAGGUGAGUCAGACGGGGUCCUGGUCCAGGUCCAGGAGCUGCCUGAGCUGUUGA